AUGAGCGCCUUGCACCUCAGGAAGAACCAGUACGGGCUGUUCCGGGGCCCCCGUGGCCGCCGCUCCUCGGGCCCCUGUUCCUGCAGCUGCAGCUCCCAAUCGGGUGCUGCUGUCUGUGAAUUUUUUUUAAAAGCGGCCUGCGGAAAAGGAGGCAUGUGCCCCUUCCGACACAUCAGUGGGGAAAAGACAGUUGUUUGCAAACACUGGCUACGCGGACUGUGCAAAAAGGGAGAUCAGUGCGAGUUUCUGCAUGAGUACGACAUGACCAAGAUGCCUGAGUGUUACUUCUACUCCAAAUUUGGGGAAUGCAGUAACAAAGAGUGUCCAUUCUUGCACAUUGACCCGGAGUCUAAGAUCAAAGACUGUCCCUGGUAUGACAGAGGCUUCUGUAAACAUGGUCCCCUCUGCAGGCACCGACACACUCGAAGAGUCAUUUGUGUGAAUUACCUUGUAGGAUUCUGUCCAGAGGGGCCUACCUGUAAAUUCAUGCACCCUCGAUUUGAACUGCCUAUGGGAACCACAGAGCAACCACCACUGCCUCAGCCGACACAAACACAGCAAAAGAGGACACCCCAAGUCAUUGGAGUCAUGCAGUCCCAGAACAACAACACUGGGAACAGAGGCCCCCGGCCGCUGGAGCAGGUCACCUGCUACAAGUGUGGUGAAAAAGGUCAUUAUGCCAACAGAUGCACCAAAGGACACCUGGCCUUUCUCAGUGGACAGUGAAAGAGCAGAGAGGAGAAUGCAAGGGAGCUAUUAACACUGAGAAAAGGUUUCUGCCUAGCACUAUUUUUUGAACUAUUGAUCAGGUUGUUUUUCUUUUUAAUGCCAUUACUGAAAGAACUGGUCAGAGGCUGGCUGCUGCUAAGCAACAUUUUUGUAAUUGUUCACAACUUUUUUUAUGUUUUAACCUUUUUAAAAUAGGUUUUGGCCUCCGACUAUUUUCAUUGAGCCCUGCUGAAAGGUAGAUGGAAAAGCGGAUAGAUAUGCAAACCCCUCACCGCUGCAGCAUUCUGCAUAAACACACCUUACUCC